CUCAGCCAAAAAACAGCAACCAACAUAAUUUCUUACGGUAACAAGUCAUAACCGGCGACCUUCAUAGGUGACUUUGAAACUGGUAUAAAAUGAAAUCUUUGUUUGUUCACAUAAUUAUUGGUAUUGUGUGACUUCAUAAGUUGUGUACACAGCAUAAUCCUGCAAGAUCCAAGACCAAAAGGCGAUAGAACUAAACAAUGUCUUACAGAAAGGAAAACAAAAAACUGCUUGCUAAGCUUCAACCUGGAGAUAUAGUAAAAUUUAAACGUACUUUAUGGUAUUCUCAUUUUGCUAUAUACAUUGGUGAUGAAAAAGUGAUCCACCUAGUGUCAGAUAAGGUCGACUUGACCGACAUAAGUGCCUUGUCACAAAGUAGCAAAAAGUACGCUGUUUCUGCUUCCGGUGUACCCGAGGACAUCGCUGAGGUAACAGAGGAGGAUUUUUUUGAGGUUGCAGCCGACAGUAAAGCUGAGUUGGCUAAUUGGGAUCAAAAAUCCCCCUAUAGCGCUGCAGAGAUUGUGAAAAGAGCUGAAGCUAGAAUCGGUCCAUGUAAAUACAGUCUUGAAACGUACAACUGUGAGCAUUUUGUCAAUGAGAUCAAGUACAACAAGGCUGUAAGCAAACAGGUGGAAGAGGCAAGAAAAUCAAUGCUGUAUCGUAUGUUUCAUUCCGACGUUCAAGCAAGUUUGCGAUCUUCUAAACGUACAAGCACAAAACGUCAAGAUGACUAUCAUCUGCAAUUUAUGUAGAGAAGCGGUUUACAAUUUAAGGAUGCACAGUUAUUAAAAAUGUAUUUUGUUAUAAAAAUUGUUUGUAAUUUUGUUUUGUUAUAAAUGUAAAGGCAGUAAUUAAAUACGCUCUGUCCUGUUCCUGUGUAAACUUUGAGGUAGGUUUU